GGUGGAUCGGAUCGGAGCAGAUCGAAUCGGAUCGAUUCGGAUCGGACUGUGAUGGCGGAGGACAAGUACAACCUGAAGAACCCGGCGGUCAAGCGGAUACUGCAGGAGGUUAAGGAGAUGCAAUCCAAACCCUCCGACGAUUUCAUGAGCCUCCCCCUCGAGGAGAACAUAUUUGACUGGCAAUUUGCAAUCAGAGGCCCUAGUGAUACCGAAUUCGAAGGUGGGAUUUACCACGGGCGUAUCCAGUUGCCGGCGGAGUACCCGUUCAAACCCCCUUCAUUCAUGUUGCUGACGCCAAAUGGUCGCUUCGAAACCCAAACCAAGAUUUGCUUGAGCAUAUCGAAUCAUCAUCCCGAGCAUUGGCAGCCAUCAUGGAGCGUGCGGACUGCUUUAGUUGCACUUAUUGCAUUCAUGCCUACCAACCCAAAUGGUGCAUUAGGUUCACUGGAAUACAAGAAGGAAGAAAGGCGUUCUCUGGCCAUGAAAUCUCGUGCAGCAGCCCCUAGAUAUGGCACUGCAGAACGCCAAAAGUUAAUGGAUGAGAUUCAUGAAUGUAUGCUGAGCAAGGCACCCCCUGUCCCUCAACUGAGCACCUCACAGGCUUCGGAAGAGCAUCCUUCAAACAAGGAAGGCGAUGUUCAGGAGAGUUCCGAAAGCGCUGGAGCCACACCCGCUGAGGAAACUUCUGGGGAAGGGCCUGCAAACCCAACAGCGGGAGACAGGAUUGUUGAAGAAGUACAGGAAGCCACUCUGAAUGCUAACCCUGCCCCUGAAGUAGCAAGGGCGUUGAAUGGAGCUCCUUCCGCCGGAUCAAGUCAGCUGCUACAGAGGCCAGAAGUUAAAGUACAAAAAGCAGCUGACGAUCGCUUGUUCACAUGGGCUGCUGUUGGACUUACCAUUGCUAUCAUGGUUCUGCUUUUUAAGAAGUUUAUGAAAUCCAGCGGACACGGUGCUGUUUUCAUGGAUGAAUCUUAAGAUUCAGUGACGAUUCGAGCUGCCUUUGUGAACAGAAUAUGCCCACGUCUUAUAUGGUAGUUAAAGAGACAUCUGUUUUAAAGUUUUAACAUCUAUUUGAAGCAUCUGAGAUCUCUUAUGAAUCUAUGAUCAUCAAAAAUGUCCACAGUUGUAAGUAAACUUAAAAUGUUUUGUCAUCCCAGAAACAUUUUCCUUCUCACACGGAUAGACAAAUCAGUGGUAUACUGUCACCUUUUAUUUAUUUUGUCAGAUUGAAAUCGAAGUGGUAACACGUUAUGUUUUUCUCUUUCUUA